AUGGUGCUGUACGAUGGUUUCGAGCACGCAAAGGACGAGCCUCAAUUGCUCGGUACCACUGAGAACGAGCUCGGUCUGCGCAAGUGGAUCGAGGACCAGGGCCACGAGCUCGUCACCACCUCGGACAAGGACAGUGCAAACUCGACUUUCGACAAGCACCUUGUUGAUGCCGAGGUCAUCAUCACCACUCCUUUCCACCCCGGUUACCUCACCGCAGAGCGUCUGGCCAAGGCAAAGAACUUGAAGAUUGCCAUCACUGCUGGUAUCGGUUCCGACCACGUUGACCUGAACGCCGCCAACAAGACCAAUGGCGGUAUCACUGUUGCUGAGGUCACUGGCUCCAAUGUUGUUUCCGUCGCCGAGCACGUCGUCAUGACCAUGCUCGUCCUCGUCCGCAAUUACACUCCCGCCCACGAGAUGAUCGCCAAGGGUGACUGGAACGUCGCCGCCGUCGCAAAGAACGAGUACGAUCUCGAGAACAAGGUCGUCGGUACCGUCGCCGUUGGCCGUAUCGGUGAGCGUGUCCUCCGCAGACUGAAGGCAUUCGACUGCAAGGAACUCCUCUACUUCGACUACCAGCCCCUGUCUCCCGAGAAGGAGGCCGAGAUUGGCUGCCGUCGUGUCGACAAGCUCGAGGACAUGCUCGCCCAGUGCGACAUUGUCACCAUCAACUGCCCUCUUCACGAGAAGACCAAGGGUCUCUUCAACAAGGAGUUGAUCUCCAAGAUGAAGAAGGGCUCAUGGCUCGUCAACACCGCCCGUGGCGCCAUCGUCGUCAAGGAAGACGUCGCCGAGGCCCUCAAGUCCGGCCAACUCCGCGGUUACGGUGGUGACGUCUGGGACGUCCAACCCGCACCCAAGGAGCACCCUCUCCGCACCGCCUCCUACAGCACCUGGGGCGGCGGCAACGCCACCGUCCCCCACAUGUCCGGCACCUCCAUCGACGCCCAGAAGCGCUACGCCGCCGGCACAAAGUCGCUGCUCGAGUCCUACUUCAGCGGCAAGCACGACUACAAGCCCGAGGACCUCAUCGUCCAGGGUGGAGACUACGCCACCAAGGCUUAUGGUGAGCGCAAGCAGGCUAGACAGAGCUCUUAG